AUGCAAAAAGACAGGGCAAUUGCGUAUGCGUCUCGACAGUUAAGGAAGCAUGAAGAGAACUACCCUACACAUGACCUCGAGCUUGCGGCGGUAGCUUUCGCAGUGAAGAUAUGGAGGCACUAUCUCUAUGACGCCUUAAGUCGCAAGAAGACAAUUGAAUUUGCGGCCCUGUUAAUGGUGAGAGAGUGGGACAUGGUGAAGUUCGUUCGGGACUUCGACAUGAAGCUGACAGUGGAGGAACCUUACGAGUUCAUAGCCCACAUUCAAGCCCAACCAAUGAUUGACAGUAGAAUCAUUGAAGCCCAGGCGAGCGAUGAGCUAUUGAGGAAGAUGAGGGAAGGGGCAAGGAAUGACGAGAAGUCUGAAUGGAGAGUUGGCAUUGACAGGGGAUUGCGGUACCGACGCCGCCUUUGUGUUCCAAACCUCCAGGGAUUGCGAGAAGAAGUUUUAAAUGCCGCCCACAAUUCCAAGUUGGCGAUGCAUCCUGGUAGUACAAAGAUGUACCGGGACCUAAAGCGAACCUAUUGGUAG